AGUUUGACAUCCUUGCAUCGGCUAAAUUCUCCGUUAAAAAAAGAAAUCUAAAAAAUGGGCUGUUUUGGUCGCAAAAAGAAAAAGCCAACACCAGCGACAAAAAAAUGCAAACCCAAGCGAAAAGGUUGGACCCAAGCCGAUUGGCAAAAGCACGGCCGAUACCUGGAGGAGCUUUCCAUCCCCAAAAAGGACUUCCAAGAGGAGUAUCUGAGGCAAACCCCUAAAGAGUGCAAGCUACCCCUGAGUGCUCUGCGUCCCAAAAUGACCCGGUUGGCUCGUCCCAAAACCAUUUUCGACCCCAAAAUAACUGCCCAUCGGUGCCAUUUGGGCCCGGAACGGUGUCACUGCCACGCAGCGGAUCCCAUCCGGCAGGUAUCCCGAGAGGCCCAGCAGUACAAGGCCACCAAGCGGAUCAAGAUGCUGAGUCAGCCAAAGUUUGACUACCGCGAGGUUGUCCGGUGCUUCCCCAAGCAGGGCAUCGCGUGCGUGGGAGAUCAAGUUUUGCCCAAAGGCCUUGGCCGGUUGAAGUCACUGGCACGGCCAAAGUACCAGUACCUCUGCUUUCCCCAGCAGGACCCGUUCGCGGUCAAACCGGAAGCACUGAUGGCGGUUGCCAGCCCCAGAACCAAUAUGCUUUCAAAGCCCAAGCCAGAUUUUUCAAACAUGUUUAAACGAAAAUAA